AUGGAUCCGAACCUGCCGACCGAGCCAGCAGCUGGCGCCGAGCCGCUCAAGCCGUCGGCCAAGCAGGAGGCCUACCGCGCCAUGGUCAAAGACAUGGAGAAAAUAAGCAUCAAGGCCAGAGCUACGAGUGGCCAAAUUGGGACCGGGCCCCCUCCGCAGAGGGUCGGCCAACCGUUCGGCCCAGCCGACCAAUCUGGGAAGCUGGACGAUCCUGAGGCGAACCCGCUGGGGAUCGACAUGAGUGACGGGCCCAGGGAGUUUAUGACCCAGCAGCAGAGCGAGGAUGCCCUGCGCGAGCUCGUCGAGGGCAUGUACGACGGCGACAUGGACGGCGUCGAUGUCGAGGCCGCGAUGCCCGACGGGCUCAGCUGCAAGCUUCUCCCCCAUCAGGUCGUCGGCGUCAACUGGCUCAAGAGUCGCGAAGAAGGCAAGAAGAAGGGCGGCAUUCUUGCCGACGAUAUGGGGUUCGGGAAAACGGUGCAAUCGAUCGCCUUGAUUAGUGCGCACAAGCAGCUAGAAAAAGGAGCGCCCAAAACGACCCUGGUGGUGUGUCCCUUGGCCUUGAAAGACCAGUGGGUGGACGAGGUCGAGCAGAAAUCGGAUCUGUCCGUGAUUUUGUACCACGGACCCAAGCGGCAUCAAAUAGCUCACAAGCUCCACAAGUAUCGGGUUGUCGUCACCACCUACGAUGUCGUUUCAUCCGAAUGGCAGAACCCGAAGAAAGCGGGGCAGACUCCCGGCGGAUCGAGUGACGACGAAGACGAACUGAGCGACGGUCCUGGCGGGAAGAAAUCCAAGGCGAAGGGCAAGAAGAAGGCCAAGCCCUGCCCGCUGUUCACCAAGGAGGACGGCUCCCCCAUGCGCUUUUGGAGGAUCAUACUGGACGAGGCCCAUGUCAUCAAAAACCGCAACGCGCAAAAGACGAAGGCCUGUUUCGAGCUGAGAGGGACUUAUAAGUGGUGCUUGACUGGUACUCCCAUUCAGAACGGCGUGGAAGACCUCUUCCCCCUGCUGCGGUUCAUCGGACCAUCCGUCAAGCCGUUCAACGACUACGCCCAGUUCCAAGAGAAGAUCCUGAAGCCGAUGAAGAGCAGCAACGGCAAAGGCGCAAUCGUCAAGAUCCAGGCGCUCUUGAAGAUCAUCUUGCUUCGCAGGUCGAAGGAGUCCAGAGACAAGGCCGGGAACCCCAUACUGAAGCUUCCGGGCAAGGAGCUCAUCCUGCUCCGCACUCCUUUCCGAACGAGUGAAGAGUCGCAGUUCUAUCAAAGCGUCACGGAGCGGAUGGCGGACCGGAUGGCCAAGAUUUCCGCCAGUGGUGAUGUACAGCGUAGCUACAUCACAAUCCUUACGCUGAUUCUCCGCAUGCGGCAAGCGACGCUCCACCCAGCCCUUGGCUCGGACAAAGCGGAUGCGGACAACUUGGAGGCGACGGACGCAAAGAACACGUCGACGGUGGAGGAUCUGGAGGACAAGGUGGACGAGCUGGCGACCCAGAUCGGCGGGAUGGGCGUCACGCAGGCCCAGGCGAAAUGCACGAUCUGUCUCGAAGUCUUGCCGGCCGAGGCCGCCGACGCGGCCCAUUGCGUCGCCUGCGCGAGACAGCUCCGGCUCGCUAAGACCUUCGAGGGCAUGCAGAGCUCCACGAAGGUCGCCCGGCUGCUGGAACUUCUCGACGAAAUCCAGGCCGAGGACCCUAAAACACCCAAGAAGACGAUCGUCUUCUCACAGUUUACUUCGUUCUUGAACUUGAUCGAGCCGUUCAUCAAGAAGGCCGGCUAUGGCUACACCCGAUACGACGGGGCCAAGUCCGCCGACGAAAAAACGCGGGCACUGGACAAGAUCAAAUCAGAUCCCAAGUGCACAGUCUUGUUGAUCUCCUUGAAAUGUGGCAGCGUCGGCCUCAAUCUGACCUGCUGUUCGCGGGUGAUCCUCAUGGAUCCGUGGUGGAACCCGUCGAUCGAGACCCAGGCUUUUGAUCGAUCCCAUCGAUUCGGACAACGGGAUGACGUGAAAUGCUACAAGAUAACGAUCGCAGACACAAUCGAGGACCGCAUCCUCGAGCUGCAAGAAAAAAAGCAAUCGGUCGCCAACCAAGCUUUGGGAACGGAGGCCGCCAAGAAAAUGAACAAGUUAUCAGUGGCUGAGAUUCUCUAUUUGUUCAAAGGAUGA